GGUGAUGGUUGUUGGUAGUGGUAGUGGUUGUUGGUGUGCUGGUUGUUGGUGGUAGUCUCAGUUUGUUGUUGUCGCAGUUGACCGUUGGUCGUGGUUAGUGACGAUCAGAGAAAUAUAAAUACGUGGUUCAUACUUGAUAAUAUUUUUUCAACGAUCUAAUUAAUUUAAGAGGAUUUUUGAAAUCUUUCAAAUAACGCAUCAAACUACAACAAAAAAAAAGGUAUGUGAUCGAAGGUCGAGCAGUUACUUUCGGAACGCGACUUAAAUGUCGACGAUCGUACUGCGCAUAGUACCGCAAGAGAGCGUAGCAACCAGUGAAAAAAAUGGUGGUUAUUUGGGUGUAGUCGGGAGAUUUUCUGCAACACAAAUGUGAGUACCGGCAGAUUAAGGGAUUACGAGUGCUGUUUGUCAGUGCACCACAAAGCUAAUAUGAUCAGGUUUAUAUCGGAGAAUAUUUAUGGAAGAAACACAAUGAGGAGUUGCAGUAUGUACCCAAAAUUAGGACAGGAUAAUAUUCUAUCUUCAAAUGACCUUUAAUCUAUUUAUUUUUCACUAUCAGAAAACUGUUUCAAGAAGUCCUAUGUGCAAAAUAGAACUGAAAAAAUCACGUUCGUUGUGUGCAGUAUUUUUUUUUAAAAUGUCAAUAAUUUUGAUUUUGCAUUAUUGCACACAAAGCCAACAAAUCUAUUGGAUUAAAAGCCAUUCCUGCAAUAAGAAAUGUUAAAAACCAGUUUAAAAAAAGACUUAAUAUUACAGAUUAUUUUUGUUACUUAGUUCUAAAUGGGUCAUAUCAAGCUUUUUGUUUUAAAAUGGUAUAUACAAAGGACAGCAAAUAAUUUAAAAGACUAUACCUUGGAGUCUUGAAGGUGUUUUAUAUGAUUUCAUCAAGUGAUCUGGCAUGACACAUUUAUUAAGACUUAAGAAUUAUGGAAAUUAUGUAUAAAGUUAAGAUUAUUGGAAAAGAAACGUUAUAAAAAUUUCUUCGAUUCUUCGCAUCUUUGAAGACAAGCUUAUUUGAAAUUAUUACAUCAUAAUUAUUUAAAAAAAGAAAUCGAAGAAAAACAAUAUUAAUUACUUAUCUAUUGAGCAAAAGUAAAAAUAAUAACAUUCAAAAUUGAUCAACAUUUUAACCAGCAAACUCUUAUAAGUUGGUUAUGUGCAAUGCCGAGAUGUUGCAAUGAAAACAAGGCAGUGAGUUCGGUGCGUAGUAGUCAGAAACACAGCAGUGAAGAUAUUGUGCUGACACAAACUCAAGCUUUUGCGAUUGGAAAUCAAUUAGAUUUGGAGGAAGAGUCACCAGUGGUUGAAAAAUCACAUAGAAGAGUUCGUUGUGAUCUGAGUCCUGUACCAACAAACACGAAUUCUAAUUUAAAUAUCAAACUUUUAAAUAUUAAGACUGAUAGAAGUACUCGUCAAGAACAUCAGGUGAGCACUGGAUCUGGUGGGUACAGAGAACGAGAAAGGGAGGCUAAAAAGAGAGCAGCUAUAGGCAAUACAGUGCGUGGUCUUCUCUCAUCUGGCCACAGCAGGCAGGACAGGUAUGAGACAAACAGGCAACGUUCAUCAGGUGGUACCAGUGGUGGCCUGUCUAGUUUAUGUCCUAAGCUGGUGGCCAGUGGGGGUGGUAGCAGCCAGGGUGGCAUUGGUUUGUCAGUGGGCCACUUAGCCUCUCAAGAAGGAGGAAGUCCUUGUACAGUUGUUACAACACAAAGAACUCACAAUCAUUCGCAUAAUCAUAGACGCCAAAGAAAGCUAUCCAUUGUUUCUCAAACUGCUUCUAGCUCCGGUAGCUCUUCUGAGAGAAAGACUCUAUCAGGCAUAAGUCGCUCUUCUGCUACAAUCUGCAAAAAGCAAAUUCGAAUGCAGCGAGCUGAUCAAAAUGCAGAUUCAUUGUCUAUAACUAGCAACGGUGUUGCAACUAGUUCACCUUCUUCUAAGAAGAAGGUUUUAUCUGCUCGUAUUUCAGAAAAGUCGUCUCCUCGGAGUCAAGAUUCAUCCUCCUUAGAUCAUGAAAAUGAUCGCAGCUUUAGUGAUGCAGAGGAGGCUAUUACUGCAACAGAAAAUGUGUUCAAAAUAUCGGGAUGUAGUUCUACACCUUCCACACCAAUGAGUAAAGUAAAAUCGAAAAGAACAAAUAAAGAUGAAGUGAAUAUAGAACCGAAUGUACAUUUAGAGUGCACAGAAUUAUUAAAACAUAAUAUCUCGAAAAUGUUUUCUGGUAUUAACGAGAAGGACACAUCUGCAACAGAAAUUCCAGAAUGUACCACAACAGAUACAAUAGAGCCAAAAAUGAAAAAAGAUAAUGUUAGCGAAGAUUUUGUUGGACACAGCAAUAAAAAAAUAUCCUCGUCUUCUGGUGCAAGUAAAAGAAAUAAUGAUGGGGACAAAUCUUUAAGAUCUAAAAGUAAAUCUAUUCCACAAGAUGUUAAUAAAUUACAUAAUUCUAAAACAAUAGAAGAAAUUGAUAUAAAAAGUAAUGUAGAUCCUACAACAACGUCCACAGAAACGUCCAUAAAUACUUUGAAUGCAAAUCCAAGAGGAAAAUCAUCUAAUAAUUGCUCUGAAUCUGCUACUGUAAAUAGUUUAGAAAUGGAAUCAAUGCCUAAAGACUGUAAUAAAGAAAAAUCAAAUGAGGAGAUAGUAAAAAAUUCCAGAUUUGUUACAUCCAAAGUUUCUGAAGAAGUGAUAGAAUCAGAAGGUAAAGAAACAGAGACACAAAGAGUUGAAGAUGAAUGUGUAACAAUUUAUGAUGAAGAUGAUAAUGGUACUAGUAUUAGUGAUAUAGUAGCAGCUCAAGCACUUCACGAGUCUUUGAGUAAAUUAGGGAAAGUUCCACCAAUGGAUACAGAUAUAGAAGUUAUGAAGGAUACAAACUUACAAGAAGAAACAGAUGUAGAGAAAAAUUCUCAGAAAGAAGGAGUUACACAAGAAGAGACUGUCGAAGGUUUUAUUGGCCCUUUGCUCGAUGAAAAUUUUAAAGCAGAUGAAAAAUUAAGUCAAAAAGCAAUGGCUAUGGAAGAAGUACGCAAUUUAUUAAUGAAAGCAAAAAUACAAACAGUUGAAGAUGAUGAUGAUGAAGAAAAAGCAAUAGGUAUUUCACCUGAUGGAAGGUUCCUAAAAUUUGAAGAAGAAAUUGGACGUGGUAGUUUCAAAACUGUUUAUCGUGGUUUAGAUACUCAAACAGGAGUAGCUGUUGCUUGGUGUGAACUUCAGGAGAAAAAAUUAAAUAAAACAGAAAGACUGAGAUUUCGAGAAGAAGCAGAAAUGUUAAAGGGACUCCAACAUCCUAAUAUUGUUAGAUUUUAUGAUUAUUGGGAAGUCACGCUUACACGUAGAAAAUAUAUUGUACUAGUCACAGAACUUAUGACAUCAGGAACACUAAAAACGUAUUUGAGAAGAUUCAAGAAAAUUAAUCCAAAAGUUGUAAAAUCUUGGUGCCGUCAAAUCCUCAAAGGCCUUAGUUUUCUGCAUUCUAGAUCUCCUCCAAUUAUUCACCGUGAUUUAAAAUGUGAUAAUAUAUUCAUCACUGGUACUACAGGUAGUGUGAAAAUUGGUGAUUUAGGAUUGGCUACAUUAAAAAAUCGGAGUUUUGCAAAAAGUGUCAUUGGUACACCAGAAUUUAUGGCACCAGAAAUGUAUGAAGAACAUUAUGAUGAGUCGGUUGAUGUCUAUGCAUUUGGAAUGUGUAUGCUUGAAAUGGCUACAAGUGAAUACCCAUACUCUGAAUGUACAGGUCCAGCGCAGAUAUACAAACGUGUUGUUUCGGGUGUUAAACCACAGAGUUAUGAUAAGGUAGAAAAUCCAGAAGUACGUGAAAUUAUCGAAAUGUGCAUUCGUUUGAAAAAAGAAGAACGACCUCUGGUUAAAGAUCUUUUAAAUCAUGAAUUUUUCGCGGAUGAUAUUGGUUUAAAAUUGGAAAUGGUGUCACGUGAUUCAGCUGUAGCAGAUGCUGAAUUAUCGCGUGUAGAAUUCAGAUUAAGAGUUUUGGAUCCAAAAAAACGGACAAAUAAACAUAAAGAAAAUGAAGCAAUCCAAUUUGAUUUCGACAUUCAAACUGAUAACGCGGAAGAAGUUGCCUCAGAAAUGGCUAAAUCGAGUCUUAUAUUAGAAGAAGAUGCCAAAGCAGUAGCUAAAAUGUUGAAAUCACAGAUAGCUGCUUUAUUACGAGAAAGGGAGGAGCGACGUGCUAAAGAAGAAAAAGAACGUUUAGAUAGAGAAGCUGAUACAACUACUACAUCUGCUGAAAAUAUUUUACAACAACAGUUAAUAUUACAGCAAAUGCAAUUACAACAACAACAGAUUCAAUCUGGUAUGGGUAUACCAAUACAAGGUCAGGUACCAAUGCAAUUGCAACCAAGUCAAAUACCAUUACAACAGCCACAAUUGCAAUCAACCUCUCAAGCAGGCCAACAGCAUAGUUUACAACCUCAACAAGUACAGUUGGUUCAGCAGCCUCUUCAACAACCACUUAUGCAGCAACAGACAUCAGUAGUUCAGCCUCAACAGGCUCAACAAAUACAACAAGCAACACAAGCUGCACAACAAGUUCAAUAUCAACAACAACCACAAUAUCAGCAAUUACCACAGCAAUAUCAACAACAACAGUUUUCACAACACGUUCCACAAAAUUUGAGUGCGAAUUCGCCACAAUGCUCCACUCCUCAAAAUGUUCAGGCCCAACCCCAGUUUCCUCCAGUAACACAACAAAUACAACAACAGCAAAUACAGCAACAACAGCAAAUACAGCAGCAGCAGCAAAUACAACAGCAGCAGCAAAUACAGCAGCAGCAGCAUCAAAUACAACAACAGCAGCAGCAUCAAAUACAGCAGCAGCAGCAACAAAUACAACAGCAGCAACAGCAGAUACAACAGCAGCAGCAACAAAUGCAACAACAACACAUGCAUCAACCCCAACAAUAUAUUCAGUUAAAUCAAAUGAGUGUACCACAGCAAUUAACACAUCAGAUUCAACAACAAUUACAAUCUCAAGUACAGAUGUUGCCACAACAACAGCAUAUGCAUCAACAAGUGCCACAACCUCAGCAGCAAGUACAAUAUUCACAAUCUCAGAUGCAACAUAUUCAACAAGUACAUCAACAUCCAGUUGGUUCUCCACCAAUUCAAAGUCAGCAAUAUUAUCAACAAAAUACAACUAGUAGUGCAGGAUAUACCAGUUCUGGUUUAUAUCAACAAAAUAUGCCACAACAAAUAUUUCACACAUAUACUACUUCUACUAAUCCACCUGGCCAUGUAGAAAUUUUAGCAUCUACUCAGACUGCGCAACAGAUUUAUUCACAUACAAAUAUUUCUGGAAGCACUGCUCCUGCAACUUCUCAAUCAUAUAUACAGCAACCAACUGGACAAGUUCAGACACAAAUACCAUCAGGAAUGAAUAUUCAAAGUUCAGUACCAGUAACUCACGUACAAAAUGCUGCAACUUCUACAAUGCCUAGUAUUCAAAGUGCCCCUUCAAUGCUCUCUAAUACUGGUCAUCAAGCGCAAUCUCAACAAAAUAUAGUAGUGCAGUUGCAGUAUUCGCAAAGUGGUACUGUUAUGCCCACUUCUAUGCCCAUUUCUAUGCCUACUUCUAUAUCUACUUCUAUGCCUUUGACAUCAGGAAUAAGUGGUCCUAUACAGACAUCUGCUAGUGACAGAUCAUCAUUAACUAAACAAGAUACUAUGGAAUCGGUACAAUCUUUGCCAUUGGAUAUACAAUCUACUAUACAUCAAGAACAGUUAAAUAAUCAACAAAUACCAAUUGCUAAUACAACUACUGUACCACAACAACCAGCAGUUUCAAGUGACGGAGUUAUUUCUGAAAGUUCAGAAAAUGUUACAACUUCCGAAAGAAGUAGAGUUAAACGAUCUGGUACUAAACGCAAGAAACCGGGUAUCAAAUUAACAGUCUUGUCAGUGAGUAGCGGAGAAGGACAGUCUAUGACUGUUGAGUGUCAGCUAGAUACUAGUAAACAAAAAACUGUUACAUUUAAAUUUGACCGAGAUGACAUGGUACCUACUGAUAUUGCUAACAAUUUGGCAGCUGAAAAUUUGCUACCACAAUCUCAGUGUGAAACGUUUAUAGAAUUAAUUGAAGAUAUCGUGAAACAAUUACGUUUAGAUCCGACGCGUGCUUUACCUUUAGUAGCCCAUGGUCCACCAGAUCAAUCUGCCGGUGGUAGUCCAGUUACAAGUCGUCGCCCAAGAGAUCGAGACCACAGUCUUGAUACAGCUAAGCAGGUGAGACAUGGCUCGCUAACUCGUCAAAGCAGUCACCGAUCGUCGUACAAAGUCCAUCGUAGGCACCGUUCGAGAGACGAAACUUCAAACACUUCUACUCCUACAAAAUUGUUGCCAAUCGAUCAAAUAAUAUCACAUAUUGCAAGUUCUUCUUUGGAUAAGCAACAAAAUGUUCCAACAACUGAUAGCCAAGGGGUUACUGAAUGCACAUCAGCAGAAGCAUCUAGACGAUCAUCUACAUCUACGCAAAAUACUGAUACAUUGACACCAACUAAUAUUCCAAGUGAUCUUACUGAUCCUCAAGAAAGUGGAAUUUCUGUAACAUCUGCAGAUACAGUUUUGGAAGCGACUCAUAUCGUUCAAGAAGAUAUUAAUACUUUUUCAAUUGCUCAAUUGCCAGCAGCAUCUACUCAAAAUCAAGUAGAAGAUGUGAAUGCUUCUACAUCUCAAACAAAUGAUUUAACGAAAGAUGAUACAUCAAAAGAAAUUAUAGAUAUUCAAGAAAAAGAUCUGAGUAAGGAUAUAGCAACAUCCGAUGCAAUUUCUAUAGAAACGUCCACGAUAACUGCUGCACCAAUACGCAAGAUAUCUCGCUUCUUAGUUAGUCCUGUGGUUGAACAAAAACAACUUGCAAGUGAAACAGAAGCUUCUGGUAUAACAGAAAAUAUAAAUAAUACUAUGAAGGGAGAUACUACAAAACCUGAAGAAACAGAAGUAACUACUUCAGAUACACAAGCUAUGACAGUAGAACAACCAUCUAACGUUGAUAUAAAUUUACCUAAUCUACAACAGCCUGUAGAUCAAAUGGAUAGUACUCAGCAUACUUUACAACAACAAUUUAAUCAACAAACUGCUGGAGUUCAAAACAUUUCUCAGAUGGCAAUACCAGGGCAAUUACAACAAAAUAUAGGUGCUGUACAAUCGAAUCAACAUGUUAUAAUGCCUAGUACCCCAAUUAUACAGCAAGUAACUCAACAGGUACAUCAGUCGACUGUUCAAAAUUUCACUACAAUAUCACAAAAAGAAAUGCAAUCUCAACAAAUACAAACGAGUAGUGGUUUAAAUACGCAAACACAAUAUCAAAAUCAAUCCACUGUGCAAUCAAAUAUUAUAAUACAACAACAACAAAUUGCUGUGCAACAAAAUGUAACUCAACAACAUAUGCAAACAGAACAAAAUCAAUUACAAUCUCAACGACCUGUACAUCAAUAUUUACCACAACAACAUCAACAAUAUGUGAUACUUUCUGGACCUAUACAACAAUUGCAACAGUCCAAUGUAGAUGAAAGAAAUCGUAGGAUUUCUAAUAUUUCCACUACGUCUAAUGUGUCAACAGAAUCUCAAACUAUCGAGGUAGCUAAUAUAUCUGAAGAUAAAAGAUAUUCUACAAUGAUGUCUAAUACACCUAUUCAACAUGUACAACAUGUACAAAUUGGUCCACAAGAUAGUUCUACUCCUAUAGCACAAGGAGUUCAAGAUCCUGGGCAACAUCAAGCAAUGCCUCAAAAUAUCGUACAUGUUUCAGGAAAUAUACCUGUUCAUAUGCCAGUUCCUGUCACAGUGCCAGUUCAUCCUAUUGUUUCUACUGAAUCUGCUCAUAAAGUUGUGCUUAAACCAAAAGAGGUAUCUUCUACACUUCCAGAUUUAGCACAAAAUUUAGCUAAUAUCUUAUCUAAUCCAAAAUCAAAAUCUGCUACACCACAUGGCUUGAGUACUCAUGAACCAAAUAUUAACACAACUGCUGUUAAUACAAAUGUUAUGGAUUAUAAACCUGCACUACAAUCAGAACAAUAUUUCCAACCUAUACAACCUGAAAUAAGUCAAUUGCCAAUACAACCACAAACACAGCAAAAUUUUCCAAACCAACCUAUGCAUCAAGUUCAUCAAAACCUACAAAACGUUCAACAACCAUUUCAAAGUCAGCAGUUACCUCAUCAAAGUUCAUCUUUUUUACCACAGGGAGCUCAGUUAAGUGUUCCAUUACAAACUGAUUCUCAAUUACAAAUUCUGCAACAAAAUGUAUCAACUCAUACAAUGUCUUCUCAAACAAAAUGGAUUGGUUCUACUAACCAAAAUAUAUUGCCUCAAAAUCUGGCAAUGCGAAAUGUUCAACCUAUACAAACUCAACCGCAGCUACAACAAGUAGCACCUGUCCAUCCACAAAUGCAGCAAAUACCUCAAGAUCAAGUUCAUGUAGAACCUGCUUCUAUAUCUGAUCAAUCUCAUUUACAUUUAAAACUUCCAGAACAGCAGCAAAUAGGAAAAAUAUUAGAUACAGAAGUUCAUGAUAGCUCUAGUGGCUGUGGAAUUAGACGUACGAGCUCUGAUUGUCAGUUAUUAACUUCGGAAAAUGAAAAUUCAAGUCACGAUGUAACUCCAGAACACACACUUGUAGAAUCUGUAGAUCCUACUUUAUUUAUGCAACAACAAAUUAUACAACAACAGCAGCAGCAACAACAGCAGUAUCAACAUCGUAAACUGAGUCAACAAAAUUCAUUGGAUAAAGUAUCAGAUAUAAGCAGUGUGGGAAGUACUAGUGGAACUGGACCACAAACAAUAGCAGAUUUGCAUCAAAAACUUGUUCAAGUAACUAGUCAACCAUCUGAAUUAUUAAAUGUUGGCACACCACCUAUAAGUUAUCCAGCUACACCUCACAGUCAUCAAGUAAUGGGGGGAUAUGAUGCAUAUAUGCAUUCUUUACAACAAAAGUUGGUUAAUAUUGGUAUGCCAAUAUCAUCCUCACAAAAUAUAGUACAGGGUCCAUUAUCGCCUCAGACUACAAUACAUUCUACGAGUGCUGGUAUUGAUUCAAGUGUGGUGACAAAUCCUGAAGGACCAAUAACAUAUCAAGAUGCUUCUUCUCAGCUUAUAUCUUCACAAUCUCACGUGGAAGGCUCAUUGGAUAGUCCUAUACCAGGAAGUCAAGGAGGACCUGAAAACAUGAGUCCGAGUAAAGAAAAUAUAAAAGUACGAAUUCAAAGACCAGGAUCUCGCCUUCAGGAAUUGGAACAAGAAUUAGCAAAAAUUCAUCACAGAGGUCCAGUACUUCCAACAACUUCGCCUCAACCGUUAACACCUCCUGUACCUGUUAUUAAUCCUCCGUUGAUACAACCAGCGUUGCAACAAACACAAAAUUUAUUAACAACGGUUCCAUCAGUACCUGUUGCCACUGUUACACCAAAUAUUGUGCAGUCUCGCUCUGAUACGAACACACCCGUACAAACAGAACUACAAGAUUCUGUUUCUGAGAAACCUGUAACACAACCUGUUAGAAAAAUUUCAAGAUUUAUGGUAUCUAAAGUAGCAGGACCUCCAAGCUCUGCUACAUCAAAUAUACAGCAACAAGAAAUUAAACCGUGUCAUCCUGAUGAACAACAAAUAACAGCGGCAGCGUAUAUGGUACAGAAUCGAGAAGGGUCCAUGCCCCCAUUACAAGCAACAUUAACAAGUAAUUCUCUACUUGCAGAGUUACAAUUAGAGAAAGAGGAACGGGCAUCAACUUUAACACCAAGUGAAGAAUAUCAAUUACUUAUAAAAAGGCAAACUAUGGAAUUAGAAAUACUCCAGCGAAGGCAUCGAGAAGAAUUAGAACGCUUUCAACAACAACAACUACAAUUAUUAAUUCAGCAGCAACAGCAAGCAAGUGCAUUACACCAUCAACAUCAUCCACUUCUUUAUCACACCGUAGCUACUAAUGCAGCGGCAGGACAAGGAAGAGCACCAGGUGUAGAUGAUCAUUUAACAUUUAGUACAGCCCCACAAACUCCAUUACAAAAAGGCAUCAGCAAUUGUCCAGAUACUGAUGAAACCUUAAGGUUAGCCAUGCAGAAGCUUAAACAAACUCCACUUCAACUUCAACAGCAACAAACAGCAGCCAGCAUACAACAUGCUUAUGUUAUCCCAAUUCCAGUAGUGCCUUCAGAAAGUAUGCAGAAUAUUUCUGCACAACAGAAUAUCAACUAUUCAAGCGAAACCUCUGAUACAUCUGAUUCAGUAAAUAAUCCUGUGAUUAUAAAUUCGAAUCAAUGUCAAUUUACACCAAUAAUACCAGAUGCAACAAACGUUACUUCUUCUGCAAGUGGAGCUUUAGUUGCACCAACACCAAUAUCAGGUUCUAUUGGAAGUGGAGGAUAUGUUCAAUAUCAUGAGGGUCCUUCGUUAGCAAACUUUCAAACAUUCAGUUGCACGUCGCAUGCUGGCUUCUUUUUACCAGCUGGAUAUCGUCUUAUAUAUGCGCCUACUGGAACCCCUCAGUCUCAACCAGCGACCCCUGCCACUCCACAAAUAGGAAGCUCACACGAUGGUACGCCUCCUACAGAACCCCAGCAUUGUUCUGAAAAUAUAACUAUUCUUCCUCAAGCAGAUCAAUAACGCAAUACACAAUUCAAAAUAUUCUAUACUUUCCAGUCAAUUUUUCCACAUAAUACAUUCUUUAUUUAACGUUGAAUAUUACUAUAAAAUUAUGUAUUAUUAUAAUUAUCCUUUAAUAUGAUAUGCUCCAAACAUGAUUAUAUCGGUCAUACAUGAGGUGCACACAUAUGAAAGCAUAUAUAGAAUGUAUAGAGCAAAUUAAUAAUGCUGUCCCAUUGAAAAAAUUGGUCGGUAUAAAAUCAGUUACUCUAUAUAAAUUUAAGGAACUCAUUAACUGAUAUUAUACCGACUAGAGUUUAGUUAGGCAGCAAUAAUGAUGCCCUUUGAGCUUGAUGUGUUAUGACAUUUACGUAUAAAUGCAUAGAAGAUAUUCUUGUUACCCGCGCACCAGCAAAACAUUAAUAUUUGGUAUGUGCCUCACGAUUGAAGCAAGAUUGAAAUUAAAUAUUUCAAGGAUAUUUUGAACUGACGUAAUAAGUUUCUGAAUGGUAAUAUGAAAGCUGGGGAUAGAGGCCUCUACAUUGUAUAACUGUGCUUCGAUAUUAAAAGCAAAUCUUCCAUUACUGGAAUGCUUAAAGGACCUUAAAUGCUCUCAAUCCUUCAAAUGGCACAGUCCAUAUUAGUACAGGCCUCAGCUAGUCUUACGAUCGAAAUGGCAUGUAGCCAUUCUGCUCGAUUAUAUGUAUAACUGUUAAUGUAUACUGAAUGCUUCAGAGAAGGGAAUGAAAAAAAGGAAGAGAGAGAGAGAGAGAGAGAGAGAGAGAGAGAGAGAGAGAGAGAGAGAGAGAGAGAGAAAGAGAGAGAGAGAGAGAAAGUAAGGAAGAGAGAACGUAUGUUUACUUGUGUGUGUGAUGUAUGAAUGUGUCAGAUGGAGGCAAACAGAGAAAAAAUAUGAUUAAUAUAGUCACUGUUAUGCUUUAAUGUAUUUCUAGCGAUUUUACCUAUUUCAAUUAAAGAGCAAGUGAUGUGUUACUAGUUAGCAAUCCUAUA